AUGAAGCGUGGAACACGUAUUAUAACACCGUGUCGUGUAGUUUUUUCCCGUUUACCAAUACAGAGCAUUAUGAGGAACCGGCGGCGUGUGAGUGUGACUUCCUCAACGAGCGCUCUUGUAAAUGAAUUGUUGGCUGCGUUUGCUCCUCACCAUUUACCGUCACUGUCCACUGGUUUUGAUAUGGGCCGAUCGUCAGAAGACAUUCAGGAUAUCGAUGGACACAGGGAGUGGUACCGCGGGGGGAGGGGUAGACGAUGCCCGCGACUUCUUUUAAUUUUGUGUUUGAACAACGGGAACGACCCUCCUGACUUUUCCAGAAUCGAUCCGUGUGCACGUCUUGAAUGUUGGGAGGAGCCAUAUAUUGCACGGAUGCCGCAUAUCGUUACCGGCGGCGGGAGCGAGCGUAUUGCCGCUUUGUUACAGAGACAAUAUCACUCACAGUUGCAGGGUGCGGUGAGCAGUAUGGCUGUGGAAGUGGAGCUGGAAGAUGCCAAAAAGCGGAUGGCCAAUAUCCGAUUGGAUGCGAGAGAGGAGCUUGUAGUUUUCCAUUAUAAUGGUCAUGGUAUGCCCCGUGCGACAGGGUACGGUGAGAUAUGGAUGUUUGAUAAAAAGAGGACAAGUUAUGUUCCGCUUAGUUUGGCUGAAAUGGCGGAGCAUCUCUCUUCUCCAACGUUGUACGUUUUUGACUGUAAUUCUGCUGGGUCGCUUUUGAAGUUCUGGUGUGAGGAACGCUUGCAUGAAACCCGGCCGGACGAUAUGUUUAUAUGCGCCUGCAGCGCGGGGGCCUUUCUUCCUUUGAACCCACAACUCCCGGCGGAUGUUCUUACCUCUUCUCUCACCACACCGCUGAGAAUGGCUUCGGAGUGGUAUAUAAAUUUUUCGCACAGAAAACAUCUUCUGCCGCACGUGACGGCGGAGAUGAUCCGCAACGUUCCUGGAGAUAUAUCUGAUGAAAGGACACCUUUGGGUGAGUUGCAGCUUAUCUUGACUGCUGUGACUGACAUUGUCGCUUGGUGCAUCGUGCCUUCCCCGUUGUAUUGCAAGUUGUUUCGGCGGGACGAAACCACGAUGGUACUGUUUCGGAAUUUCUUACUGGCCGAUCGGCUCCUACGCGAGGUUGGCUGCGUACCGCAAACUCAUCCACCCAUACCCGAAGAAGCCCACUUGCACCAUGCUUGGGACCUCUGGGACUACACGUUGGAGAAUGUUAUUUGUCAACUACCAGACCUCCUGACGCGAGAUCUAGUGCUAAAUCCCAACUACACGUACAAGCCAUCAACAUUUUUUGAAGAUCAGUUGAUGUCAUUUGAGGUUUGGCUGAAGUCGGGAGACAUGAGGGAACAACCUGAGGAGUUGCCCUCUGUUCUCUCGGCCUUGAAGCGUCCCCAAUGUUGUGUUGCCGCACUCACACUGCUAGUCACUUAUUUAGACUCAGACGUGAUUGCAGGAAAAUGGGCGAUUCUUUGCGGCAUUCUCACACACAUCACCAGUUUGUUGAGGAACCAAGAGCUGUUUCUUAUGGCAAGUGUGCUCUGGAUGCAAGUGUUACGGGUUGAUGAAAGUCUGGGUACGUCCGAAUUGAUUAAGAGGCGGCUGGGAAACCGCUUCAUUAAAGUACUGACGCUGACGGAAAAGGAUUUAUGUGUCCAGACUGUGGAACGCGGGCAGGUGGCGCCGUUGCGCGCGUUGAACAACGUGAACCGCCGUGUUGGGAGAGGUGACACCCAAGCAAGUGGUAACAAUUCUGCGUGUCCAGCACAGAUUUCAUGCUACCUCAUGGAGGGAGUGGAUCUCGGAAGAUGCAAGGAAAUUGCAUGCUACUUGUUUUGUCAACUUCUUCGACAUGGUGGCACCACUGCAUGUGUAGAGUGUUGGAACGGUGGGUUGCUCAACGCUGCGGCAUCCCUCUUAGAAUCCCCCAGUGCCGAAGUGAGGUCGUGGUCAUGCUUAGUUCUUGCACAGCUUCUUUUUAGUCUGCAGUUCGCUAAGGACUUUGUAUCACGAAAGUGUACGACGCAUGUGGGUUUGUUUACGCACUUACUGCAGGACAAGUCACCGAUUGUGCGCGGUUCCUGCGUCACGCUGCUGUCCUCGCUGAUUGGUUUCCGAGUAAGCGAGGCCCCCGGUGAGCACGCAGUGCGGCGCUUGCAGGUGGAGAAGACGCUUCUAAUCAAGCUGCGCGGCAUGGUGUACGAUGCCAGCGUGAUCGUUAGGCAAGAGCUGGUUCUUUUUGCGUGCACGGUGUUGUUUCAUUACGGCCCCUUUUUGCCGUCACUGCAAGACACCACUGCCAAAACUCGUUAUGUGGUUUACAUGCAGGAGGUUGGUCAGUGUUUCCCUAGUUGGUUUCUUGAUGAACCUGAUGUCCAGGUUAAGUCAAUGCUUAACACAUCUCGUCCCACAGCUAAUAGGUGUUUUAACAGUAAAAGCGUGUUCGAAAAUGCACCAUGCGCUCCGGCUGAUUUAACUGAGCCGCCAUGGACUCCUCUCGCUAUGGAUGAUAUUCGUUCUGAGGACCUCCCGGUAUUACGAGGAAUGGUACACGAUGCUGCACUGAUGCUCUUCAGCUUGUAUCAGGCGUGCGACAAAGUGAUGGUUACAGCGGCGUUGGAGAAGUUAGGUGACAAUAAGCGACCCGAAUCGCAGCGGUUUACGAAUGAGAGCCUCCGCAGUAUGUCGAGUGUUGUGUCUGCCAAUUCAACGCAUUUUAUGUCGGAGGCGGAACGCGCGCGUGUGACACGGAAUGCUGACAACAUGCAGCGAAUUGUUCUUGACCUGCACGACCAGAAGACCGAGCCUCCGUCAAUGUGCACAACUGCGGCCAACAGGACAAGGUCGUUAGCGGUGGAUGGCCACUCCGCGACUUAUAACGCUAAUCACAGUUCAGGUAUACCCGGUGCUGGAGAUGAGAAAGUGAACUUGGAUUUGGUUUACGCACCACAUCAAAUAUUGCAAAGUCUGCUUCCGUGCGAUCAAGUGAUCUGUUCCACUCUCCGUGUGCUCGAGACGGCGAUGGUGAUAGCCACAAGAAAUCAGUAUAUUUAUCACGUGUCAUAUGAGUCGUAUAGCGUGCAGGAAACAGUUCACAGUUUUCAAGUUCAUCUUGCCUCACCAUUGCACGAUAUUUUAGUGAUCAACGAUGCCUCUGAGCAAGCGGGUCUACUGCUCGUGAAUCAGCGUGGUGGCUACAGUCUGAUACGGGACUGCUGGGAAAAGACCCAGGGUUCGCCAGUGGAGGUGGCUGUAUUCUCUGCGUGUCCACCUCAACGCACAGUGGACAUCAAAUCUGCGUACCGUUCGCACAACGCUAACCUCAUUUAUGGGGGACCCAUCGGCUAUGGCGGUGGAACUGAGAUACACAUCCUUUCGCUUGAUGAGGAGCAGGUGAUUCAACAGUUGAAGGUGUCAGGCGAUCCUACCAUCACCUCUCUCAGUGCACAUACAACUGGCCGUGCGGUAUUUGCGGGUUGCUCAGAUGGCCUUGUCCGUUACUACGAUGACCGACAGAAGCAAGGAUUUUUAGGCGCAGUAGGGUCUCUCCGCUGUGGUACAACCUCAUAUUCUCCAAUGGAGGCCGUUCUGGGAGCUGGACCUGUCGAGAGAGAUGUGGCACAGUUAACGAUUGCAAUGGCAAGCCGUAGUGCAGUGUACCUGUACGACACGCGGAAAGUCAAUGCGCCGUAUCUUGAAGUUCGUGUAAACGAACUCUGUGAUGCAGUUGUCCCUUCCUCCGCGGCGAAACCUCCACCGAUUCGUGCUUUUGACGCGGGCACGCACACGGGCAUGUUGGGUGUGCUUUUCGCAGAUGGUACGUACACGGCGUUAAAUGCGCGGGGCCGGCCGAUUCUGCGCAGGGCGAUCCAAACGAGGGUUCAGGGACCAAUUUUUCCGGGAUCGUUGGCAGUGCACCCCUUGAGGCGAGUUAUGUCUGUAGGAGGUGAGAUUUUAGUUGUGCACUGA